AGCAGCUCCACACACUGAGCCUCUCACAGGGACUAUGGCUGAAACUGCUCCCGCCGCCGUCCAGCCUCCUGCAGCCGCCACCGCUUCGCCCAAAGCCGCCAAGAAGAAGCGCGUUGCCCCGAAGCAGAAACCCGGCUUCAACCUGAUGGAGGAGAUCAAGCAGAUGGUGGCGAGCGCUGAGCAUCGCAGGGGCUUGUCCGUGGUCGCCAUCAAGAAGACUCUGGACGCCAAAGGCUACAAGCCGGAAACUCACAAACACCAGGUCAGGGCUUCUCUGAAGAGACUGACAGACAGUGGUAUCCUGAUCCAGACCACGGGCGUCGGCGCCACCGGCUCCUUCAAACUCAACAAGGACAACGCGGCAAAGAAGCCGACCCCGCGGGGGAAGAAGGCAGCGGCCGCCAAGAAAGCUUCUCCACGGAAGAAACUUACAGCGAAAGAGCCAAGUUCACGCAAGAAACCAUCUGUGCCCAAGAGAGUCAUCAAAGCCAAGUCUCCCGCUGCCAAGAAGCCCCCGAAAGCUGCCGUGAGUAAGAAGCCCAAAUCGGCCAAAAAGCCCGUGAAGAAAGCGGUAAAGAAGCCCUCAGCCCCGAAGAGACCAAGCGGCAAAACCGCCAAACCUUUCCGCAAAGCGCCGGCGGCUAAGAAAACACCAGCCAAAAAGAAGUAACUUCUCCCCUCUGCUGAUAUUAACCCCAAAGGCUCUUCUCAGAGCCACCCAUUCCCUCCCAAACGAGCUGCACCUACCGAGUGCUUCAGGGGAGAGCAGAGUGUCUGUCACAGGAGAGCAGGAAACAGAUAUAAACAGUCGGUACCGGGACCGUUGGCCCGUGUCGGUGGUGGGGUUAAAGCCCCUGACUGUGCGAAUCCUCAUUCCUCCCUCCCGCCUGUCGCGGGGGAGACCGCGG